AGCGCUGGUGACCGUCGGUUGUUUCAGCUUUGUUUUGCUUCGCCCGCUGGUAGGGCUGGAAUUACGAAAUACAAAAUAAUAUAAUUCAUUCUAUCACCCAGUUUAACUAGUGGCAGUGUUCCUGAUCAUACAGUCUUCCUUAAUAAGUGGAGAGAUGAUUAAGAAGUGAGAGAUAUGGUGACAGGGUGAGAGGAGAGUGAGAGAGAGGAGGAGAGAAGUGAGGGUCUGUGAGGCAGCAAGACGUCAUUCCCAGAAAACAAUGACCAUUUAAACCACUUGUGGUAAUUUCCCCUCCCCCCCCCUCCAAGAUGCAUUGUCCCUGGCUGUAGUGUGUGAGUGUGCUGCUACUUCAAGUUCAAAUAUCUCCUUAAGAUGACGGCGGCCCCUACCUCUGCGGAUGCGUGUUUAAGCAUCGUUCACUCCCUCAUGUGCCAUCGCCAAGGGGGAGAAUCAGAGGGAUUUGCCAAAAGAGCCAUUGAGAGUCUUGUCAAAAAACUUAAGGAAAAGCGAGACGAACUAGAUUCAUUGAUAACCGCUAUUACAACAAAUGGGUCUCACCCCAGCAAGUGUGUCACUAUACAGCGAACUCUUGAUGGGAGAUUACAGGUAGCGGGUCGGAAGGGGUUUCCUCACGUAAUAUAUGCUCGUAUCUGGCGAUGGCCGGAUCUACAUAAAAAUGAGCUGAAGCACGUCAAAUACUGCCAGUUUGCAUUUGAUCUCAAGUGUGACUCGGUGUGUGUCAACCCUUACCACUAUGAACGAGUGGUCUCACCUGGCAUUGCAGACUUGACUGGGCUGAGCCUGCAGGGUGCAUCUACAGGUCAGCUGGUGAAGGACGAGUAUGGACUACGCAUGGAUUGUGAAGUGAGUGGGGGACCUGCGAGUGUAGGGGAGCCCUCAGUCACCCCGGGUCCCUCAGGACUGUCUGCCAUACCGCAUCAGCCCCCAGGCUCACAGCCAGGCCCAACGUCUUCACAGCCGGCCGGACCUCAAGCUAGCCCAACAUCCUCACAGGCUGGAAGUCUUCAUCAGACAGUGGCGAGUGCCCCACAGCAGACCAUAUCCCAUCACCCAGUGUCUCACCCGUCCUUCUCUCUGCUCUCCCCUACAGGUAGCACGUCCAGUCACAUGUCACAAGGGCUUCAGUCUCCCAGCCCAUCAACUCCAGGUCCCCAGCAGUUCUUUCCUGACAGUGUAUCAACAAGUAGCUUGAGCCAGUUGUCACCCCACCUUCAACAGCCACCACAGCCACCGCAGCCACAGCCGCAACAUCAACCUCAGCCGAUACAACAGCCACAGCAACAACAAAACGGGUUUACAGUAUUGACAAGUGGAACAGGAGCCAACUCAAGAACUGUCCAGGGAGGCCCAGUCACUUCCCAGUUUGGCCAGGCUGCUGCGUCUCCCCAGCAAGUUUCACCUCUCUCAGUUACCACACACUCCAUGUCCUCGCAGCCAAAUUGGAGUGGCCAGAACACACUCUCUUAUACACCCAACAUGAUGAAUGAUCGACAGAACCAUAGCUUCUGGGACCAGCAGCAGAUGAUGCAGGAUGUCCAGAUUGCACCACUAUCAUCCCAACCAGGCCCGGAGUUUUGGUGUUCGAUAGCAUACUUUGAAUUAGACACUCAGGUGGGCGAGACUUUUAAGGUGCCCUCUAGUUGUCCAGCAGUGACUGUGGAUGGCUAUGUAGACCCCUCAGGUGGCAACCGCUUCUGCUUGGGAGCACUGAGCAAUGUUCACCGUACAGAACAAAGUGAAAGAGCUAGGUUGCACAUUGGUAAGGGAGUUCAGCUGGACCUGAGGGGCGAGGGGGACGUGUGGCUGCGUUGCUUGAGUGACCACAGUGUGUUUGUCCAGAGUUACUAUCUCGACCGUGAAGCGGGCCGAUCCCCAGGUGAUGCCGUACACAAGAUAUACCCCUGUGCUUGUAUCAAGGUAUUUGAUUUGAGUCAGUGCCACCGUCAGAUGCAGACUCAAGCAGCAACAGCUCAGGCAGCAGCUGCAGCACAAGCAGCUGCUGUUGCUGGACAGAUCUCAGGUCCAGCUACUGUGGGUGGAAUCUCUCCUGGUAACCUAUCAGCUGCUGCAGGAAUAGGAGUGGAUGAUCUUAGAAGACUUUGUAUCUUGCGUCUAAGUUUCGUGAAGGGUUGGGGUCCAGACUACCCACGACAGACCAUCAAGGAGACCCCGUGUUGGAUAGAGGUUCAUCUACACCGUGCGCUUCAGCUUCUAGAUGAAGUUCUCCACACCAUCCCCCUUGAUGGUCCACGGCCUCUAGAGUGAUGCAAUGAGCCAUCGAGGGACGUGCAAGAGAUAGUUUCACAGGAUGAUCAACUCAUACUCACAUUAGAAGAUGUACAAGGCGAAGAUCAGUUGAUCUUUAUGCCCUUUUUCAUGUGAAUGCAUGUCCCUCGAUUUUGGCUCUAUGCACGUACCAAGUUCACACACAUACGUACACCCGUGUCUUUCUCUAAGUGAGAAUACACCGUUGCAUGGCCCAUGCAAUGGACCACAUCAAAAGAAUAUGGAUAUGAGAAAUGCUAGACAUCUAUAGAGUUGUGUUAAAGCACAAUUCGUUUAUUCUCAUAAUUAUGUUAUGAUGGAGUGUAAGAUUGGGUGUAAUUUUUAAAACGUCAAUCUAAUUUUUCGUAAGUUGAACAAUUUUGAGUACAUGGGGAGUUGGUGCAAAGUUAAUUUUCCCGUUCAUUUUAUAGUAAAAUCUAGUUCAGCUUUUGUAUUACAAUUAGUCUUGUCACUGAUGUUGCCGCAUUUACUAUGUUGGAUCUUGUAUAUUAGAUAUUGAUUUAGUAGUUUAAGAUAUCAUAUUUGAAUGUGGAUUAUGAUUCAGUCUCCAGUACGUAUUGACUUUAUGCCCGGUGUGUCAAUUUUAUGAAUGGGAAUUUAGUCUUUACCAGAAAUUAAUAUUUAGUCAGUAACGAAGGAGGCUUGUAAGUAAACUAGAACCUUGUUCUUCCUACCUGUUCUCCACUAGAUAAAUGCACAAGAUUCUACUUGGUUCAGAACCAGUUCCUACACCCUUAAUUUGCCUAUAUAAUAGGACCUAUGGCAGCACACUGUGCUCUAAAACAAAAUAAAAAAAAGUUAUGCUACUUGCUUGUACCAUUACUGUGUAUAAACUGUCGGAUAAACAUAUUAUUUGGCUCACUGACUUCAUAUUGCUGCAUCUUCUCUUAGAGGUAUGUUAGCAUUUUAAGAAUUGGACAGUGCUUACCAGUAUAUGGGUUUGGGGGGUCAUUGCAAUGUAAAUAGUUCCCUUGUUUUUAAAUUUUAUCCUGAAACUUUAUUAAUUGAACCCACAUUAGAAAUCUUUUUUUCAGUAUACAGUAAUUAAGUCCAGUCAAACCACAUGUUUCCAUUUAGGUAAACCUUAUUAAUAGUAAAGGAGGUUGCAGAGGAGUGAGGUCUAGUUUAAUAAUGUUCUGAUGUUUACUAAAUUGACACAAAACAUUUUAUUAUUAUCAUUUGGUUAAUUGAAAGCCAAAAGAGGCUGUGUGUUCCAAUGAGUAUGUUGCCCUAAACCUGGAUGACAUCUUCUCUCUCUAUAGUUAUAUAUAUAUGCUUCACUAACGUUAUUUUCCAGAAUUGAGACAUCUCCAAAAUCCUGCUGUUCUAGGACUUCAGGAUUAUUCUUCUUCACCAUUAAUUUUUUCUUUUUUUUUUCAAGUUUCAUGGAUCAUAAAUAUUGUUAUUAUAAGAGUUAUGAAAUAAAGUCUGCUAUCAAUUUCUAGUGUCAUGAAGAAGCAAAAUUCUUUGAGGGGUCCAUGGAAUGUAAGGGAUAAAAGUUUUUAGCCAAACCAUGUUGACUGCCCCUCUGCUCCUUACUCAGAUGUUGGCCAUGAUGUGGAGACAGUAAAGGAUGAUUUAACUUUGAGAUGUUGACUUGUCUGAGAGUAACUUUUUCUCUUCCCUUCUCUUCUACAGGAGUUUAGGUUUUGGAUAGAAACUGAGGAAUGAAAACAGACAGAAUAUUGCAAAACAUGUCUCCCAGAGCUUCAGUGUGUCGAGACCAAAUUGCAGACACUAUAGUAAAAAAGUGUGUUGAUUGGCUCUUAGAGAUGUCAGGCAUGCAGUGAUUGAUUGCCCUCAUAUGUCCUGUAUGAACAAGAUGAUUAAGAGAGGAGAUAGGGAUACUUAGGACCUUGUUACUUGCACUCAGGUGAAAAUAAUUUUGUUUUUUCUUUCCCAAUUUUGGGUGAACAUUAAUAUUUGUUUAUUUAUUUAUUUAUGUAUUUUACUUAUUUUUAUUUAUUUAUUUAUUUAUUUUUAUUUAUUAUUUAUUUAUUUUUAUUUAUUAUAUAUUUGUUUUUAUUUAUUAUUUAUUCUCGAGCAAAUAUAUGGAGUACAAGGCACUGUUUGGCACUCUUGUUCUGGAAAAACAAGGUAAUGGAGGGUUAGUUAUAUGACAAUGAAAGAGGGAUGACAUAGUAGACUUGUAGAGAGUACAGGAGGUGGUCCAUCCCUAUGUAUUAUGUUGAAGAGAAUCCUGCAUCAUCACUUAGAUAACUCCCGAUUUAUAUUAGUGAAUGAUGGCUGGAUUUGUCGGUUAGGUUAUGUUGCAUAAUGUGACAUUCAGGACAUCACAGCGUGCCAUCUAUGAGCCCAACAAUAUGUUACGUCUGGGAUUCACCGGUUCAUGGAUGGAACGAACGGAGGACUGACAGGUCUUUUUUCCAUGACUACAUAACCUGUUUAGAUAAUAAGGAGUGAUGUAACAUCCUAAGAGCAGAAACAUGGUUUGGCUAGAAAUAAAGUGAAAUUUUGAGGGGAAGAAAUAACCAGUGUGGAUGAGCAUUUGUGCAUCAGAAGACUGUCUUAGUGUGAAGUAAAUGUAAAAUGUGACUUGUUCAUUGCUGUGUAGCAGAUUGUGUUAUUGAUUUUUUUUUAUUGCAAAGUUUUCAAAUCAUAUAGUUUUAUGGCCUUUAGGAUUAUUUGACAAGUGACCUGGAACACCCCUUGGCAAACCCUUCCUUGCCCAGUAUUGCAGUCUUGUUGGAUUAGUUUCAAUUGCUUCAUACACAGCUACUUGUCCAUUUGACUAAGAUUGAAGAAGAAAACUUUGAUUCUGAUCCAGUGUCUACUUUGAAAGCCACCAACUCAGCUGGUACACUGUAACAAACCCCGUACUGUACUAGUUAUCGGGAUUUGAACCACUCGGUCACAAAUUUGGGUUAGAUACAGUACAUCAUUUCUUACACUUACAUGCCUCUGGCCUGGUGUCAGUCUGUGUUUGCUAUGUUCCCAACUAAGGCUAAAGUAAAGUAACUUCUUAGUUUCUUCCUUGUCCUAACAUCCAGGUAUUUAAAAACAGACAUUAUCAUAAAACAAUUGCCAUUUAUAGUUGGGGGUACUGGGUAACCAUUACACUGGCAGGGUGACCUGUGCUCCAGAAUCCUCAUUUGGCUUAAAUUAUAUCUGUAUACUGCCAUAUCUUGGAUCACUCCUCAAUUUCAAGCAAAGGCCAGACCGAGUGAACACCUCUCCCUUGUCAACAAGUCUUGUCAGGAGCUAAUUUUACCCUUUCAUUAUCAGUUUUUGGCUGUAGCUACAGUCAUAAGUGUAAAGGGUGUCUUUGUCUUCCUUACUUUUAUGUUGCAAGAGUGUUCAUAGUUGCCUAAUGACCUAGAGGGAUGUUAGCCAGCUUUCAGGUAUGGGGGAACAUUUCAUCCCUGGUGUAGUCUGAAAUUACAGGAUAUUCUAUUAGGGAUGUUAAAGGGUGGAGUGCACUGAGUGGUCAGGCCUGCACACACCAGUCCCUUUCAAGAAAUUAUUAUAUCCUUUUUUAAGUUUUGUAUCAAGGCAUAGAGGUGUCCUCCAGGGGUCUGACAACCAGUUGAUACCAGAUUGAGUCAUUCAUUUUGUUACCAGUACCACUCAACUGUUCUGCUUGGGUUCUUGUCUUUCCAAGCCUAUUUACUAAUCUACCUGUUUGUAUUGACAUGAAGGGCCUGACUCUUUUUGAGUGAUAAAUCUUAUAUCAGACUGUGUGGUGCUGGAAGUGUCUAUGGUUAGUCCUUUUAUUACAAAGAACUUGCUUUCUAGCUGAGGUGCUUUAGUUGGUUGUUGUGAAUCAUGACCUCCAUCCCAUUUAUAGAUGAUUUGGAUUCUUUUGGGUCACUUGUCAAACCAUAGUCCAUAAAAAGGGAUAAAAGUAUAAAUUCCCUUUUGAGGGUGAAGGGAAAAGAGAAGUGAUCUGGAAUCCCUUCCUUCACCCUUGGUGGGUUUCUUUGUUGUUAGGAAAAGGUGAGCAAGGAAAUUUGAGAUCCAAGGUUUGAGCGCACUGAACUAGUUCUAUGCUCCCACAUUCAUCCCUGUGUAUCUGCUGACUUAUUGACUUUCAAAGCAGUUACCAGAUCAGAGUCACAGCUUGCCUCAUUUCUCUGUUUGCCGAGAUGAGCAGUGGUUUAUGAAGCAAUUUACACGGAUCCAACAGGACAGUAAACAAACGUAAGGAUGUAGAUAGUCCUCUGGACAAGACGAGCCCUGGCAUGAUAAUCUGCAGGUCACUUGCCACUUCCCCAUGGCCAUAAAAUAGUAUUUCAUAUUUCAAUCCUCUGUUUUAUCGGUGCUCACCUUGGGCUUUACUGCUGUUGAACUUAUAAUGAAACUGAAAUUGACACACAUGGCAAAUGACUAAACCUUCAUAAUUAUUUUCAGUUUCUAUCCUUAAAUGGAAAUGUUGAAGCUGAGGUUGAACUGUCCUCAAGGGAAACCACCUUAUUGUUAACAUAAUUACCCAACAAGUAGACAGUGAAGACAUCAGACAAGGAUUUUUUUUCAGUCCAUAGAAUUGAAAGAUGUUUGGAAACUAUGUACAUAUCUUUUGGCUUUAUUGUGGAGAAUCAUCAAGUCUCAUUAUAUAAUUGUAAAGACACAGAAAAGUUAGUUUUAGUAUUAUCCGUCAUCAAGUCUCAUUAUAUAAUUGUAAAGACACAGAAAAGUUAGUUUUAGUAUUAUCCAAGGUUCAAGACUGGCUGGCUUUGAUGGAAACAUUGAACUUACUAUUUAUUGAACAGUGAACAUAUAUUGUUAUCGUCAGUCAGGUGAAUUCACCUCUUGUCUCUGUGACACAGUGAUUUUUACCAAUACUGUACUUGGGUCAUCUCAAACCUAGUUAAUUACAUUUAAUUUUUAUCAAGAAGUUUCAUGGUUCAUUCUAAUUCAACAACAUGCUGAAAGAUCUUCAGUUAAUGUAAUGUAAGAAUAUAAUUUUGGGUAUUAAAUGUUUCUGGUUGAGUUUCCUAGAUAACCAGAAGUAUUGGUCACCAAAAUAAAAGAAUUUGUAGCUGUUUAAGCAGUUUUUGUUUAUUGUAUUUUGAUAAGUCUAAUGUAGAAUAAUGUUUCAGUUUUAUGUGCAAAGGUUAUUUAGCAAAUGGUUUUGUGCACAUUGAGAUGAUAACAUGAUAUUUAGGUACUAUAUUUGUAGUUUUUUUUAACAUACUUUCAAUGUUUUAAAUGAUAUGAUUGCUUAAGGCAUGCUAGUUCAGGUUUUGAUAAUUUCACAAAGUAUGAUAGUGUAAAGAUACCAUUUUGGUUGGGAGUAAUGUACAUAUAUGUAUUUCCUUUCUCUGCAGUAUCAUGUUCUACUACAGGGCAACCCAGGUAAGGUAAUAUCACAACAAGUUGCCAGUAGGGACAAUUGAAGUAGUAAUAGUACAGUAGUUGGAGGAGGAAUACAUUAGGUCACAACGAGUGUAAAACGUAUCUAGAAUGAAACAAAGGAUCAGUUACGAUGUGUGUAUUCAUGCUAUUUACAGUUCAUAUCAGGUGUUGAGGCACAAUACAGUUUUUAGAACCUGUGUGUGUGUGCAUGUAAAGAAGACAACAUUUAUAGCGUGUCUGUGGGCCUUUAAAUCAAUGUCAUGCCAACUGCAAAGUUCCUGAAAAAUAAUAUAGAUUCAUUAACCGCUCUACCAUAGACACACUAUAAACAACAGUUAUGCCAGCUUUGAACACCCUCAUGUGGCUCCUCUGUGUCAUCUUAAUGUAUGGGUGCCUGUACUGGACAGCAGUGUUAAAAGCAAGCAAAGUAAAUAAGUAAAGAGUCUUUUAAUAAAUACCAGUCUACAAAAGCUAAUAGAAUUGCGCAUGUCACUUUAUAUUCGUCAUGUUGUGAAAUGUCACUUGCAUGUCAUGUUAAUGUCAAGAACUUUUAAAGGUCUAGGUAAUUAAUAUUAACUUUUUUUUAUCAGUAAGACAUUCAGAGGAAUAUACAGUAAUGACAUUAAUAAUAUCUCAUGGCUGAUUUAUUUUUUAUUUAUUUAUUUUAUUUAUUUUUUUUAGGGAGUCAAGAUUGGAAACAAAAAAGGAUCUCAAAUGGCUUAAAAAACGUAUGUUUUUUUCUAGUGAAGAUGCUGUAAAUCAUAUACGUAAUGUAGGACAUAGGAUGCACCUAAUACAGCAUACAGUAUAUAUAUAUAUAUAUAUAUAUAUAUAUAUAUAUAUAUAUAUAUAUAUAUAUAUAUAUAUAUAUAUAUAUAUAUAUAUAUAUAUAUAUAUAUAUAUAUAUAUAUAUAUAUAUAUAUAUAUAUAUAUUCUCAAAUAGUAAAGAUUGGAAGCUGUUGAUUUUAAUAUCUGCUCAAACUUAUAAAAUGACAUUAAUGUUUCCUGAUGAUUUUUUUUUCAAGAAUUAAAAGUUUAUUAUCAAGAAGGUAAUAAAUAAGUUUGAAUCAUGACUUAUUUGGCAUAAUUGGGCUUCUAAUUAAUGCUGGAUAUUCUCUCCUGAGCAUUUUCUUUGGAUAUUGGGCUCUAUUUACAUUCCAUUAUAUUCCCCCUUAGGUGUAAAAUGUAUUUGUAGCCCAAUGUCCCCUACGAUAUCUUGCCCGUCAAUAAUAAUAAUAAUAAUAGUUGUGGGUUUGAUGGACACUAUGUCAUCAGAGACAUUAAACUGACUUUCAUACAAUUACCUCAUUUUUAGAGGCUGUUUUAACAUGUACAGUUGAAUUAUGUUUUAUGCAUGCAUGUUUUUUAAUGAAUGAACAAAAUGUGUUCUUGAAUGAAUGUAUGUUCAUUAUUUUUGGAAGAUUUUUGAAUGCAGUUUCUCUUCAUUUAAAAAUACAGAAUAAAGUAUUUUUUUUAAUGAGCAAAAGGUUAUACACACACAUAUGUAGUAAUGAAGAGCCCUUUCAAUUAACCCAUUGACUAACUUCUUGACACCUUUAACGACUGUCACGGCUCAUGAAAGUCAAUUGGUUGUUGGUUGCUGAAACUCACAUUACACACCUGACUGCCACCAACCAAUCAACUUCCAUAAAUUGUGACAGUUGUUGAGGAUGCCAGAUGUAAGCAGAACUUAACCAAUGAGUCAAUGGUAAAUCUCUUGUUGUGUUGUCUCAAGAAUUCACUGAAGACAGUAUAAUUUUGGUGGUUAAGAAACAGAAGCUGAGGAUGCUGGUAGUCUGUAGUGUACAUUUAUUUGGUCACCACGCCCACCAGGGUUGUUGGUCACAUUUAUUAUUAUUAUUAUUAUUAUUAUUAUUAUUAUUAUUAUUAUUACUUUUCCUCAUGGUAAAUUCAACCUUUUUUAUUAUUUUAGAAAUCCAUCUCAAUUAUUUAAACAUUAUGGUGUGCCAUAAGUUUGUGUUCAUACAUGUUAUUGGAUAUUUAGUGGUUGUAAUUUCUUGGAAAUUGGUUAAGUUGUGCCAUGACCUGAAAUUUUUACAUUUAUUGUCAUAUAUAUAUAUACACAUACACAAUAAUACAAAUACUCAACCAUACACAUAUAGUUACCCAGAAAGAAGGGUCCAUCCUUUCUGAUAUAUAUGGUAGAUGUACUGAUAUCUCCGCUAGCUGGAACAGUUGGUGCCGAGCACUUCCGGGAAUGAGAGAUUUCUGGGUAACGAGACGACUCUCUCAAAGCCAGAAAAUAUCCCCCAUUCCCAGAGUUUUUCAGGUAAUGGGAAAAUUUUCUUGGAAUCUUCCAGAAUGAUGCAUUAUUUCAUCUUUCAAACCCGGAAUAAAAAUCCCCCUUCCUCACAAUUUAACGGGGACCAGAAAAAAAUUAUCGGAAUUAUCGAGAAAAUGUGCCCCUCAGAAAAUUGGUCCCAAAUUCGUAAUUUUUUGGAAAAUUUCGGCUUUGGGAACGAUUUUCUGAAGAAAAAAAAUCGAUUCCGGCUGUCGGAGAGUUCUGGUUAAGAGGGAUUCUGGCUUACGGAGAUAUUACUUACCUGACAUUACCCAUGGUUAGAAAAUUUUGAUAAAUUAUGAAUUUAUUUGGACAAUAAAUAACCCAGUUGCAAAUCAAAAGUGUUUUGUAUGAAAUUGGAACAUUGUUUUAAGGUUUGUGAGUAGAAAGUGCUGUUGUAAUUUACACUACUUAAGUUUGUGAAUUUGAAACUCAAUUUUACACGAGUACAGUCACCCAAAAAAGUAUCACAAACGUUUAUAUUUGUAACAUGAAACAGCAAAUUGAAACGCCAAAUAAGGAUAUGAAAUUCAGGAUUGUGUCGGAAGCCUUAGGGCAACUCUUCACUCAGGGAAUUUGUGAUACUUUUUUGGUGGAUGUACUGUAUAUACAUGUUUUAUGCAAAUGGUGACAUGUUAUGCAUUAAAUAUAGAGAUGUAUCACUGACUGUGAAAUAUAAGGGUGCCCAUGCCAUUAAGGGAAAAGUCAAUAAUCCAAUGUAUGAUUUUUAUUAAUUUUACAUACAGAAAACUCCAUAUUUUAAUUGUUUAAUAAGUUUUUUUUUUUAAUGUUCGGACAUUUAGUAUGUGUAGAUGUUGCUGAUGCUAUACAGUUGUCAAAUGUAGAACAAUGCCUCAAAUCUUAAAUAUCCUGCUCUAUGAGACCCAAACCAUUUUGUAUAUAGAUACGUACAUGUACAGUAGCUAAAACAACUACAGUAUAUGUGCAAGUGGGGGUCGAUAUGUUCCAAAAUUUUACGUGUGACUAGUGACAGCCCUCAUAUACCAAUAUUUAUCAUCCAUGGUUUCAUAUUGUUUCCCACAAAGUGUGUAUAGAUAGUUGCUUUAGCUACUGCACAUCCAAUAAAAUAAUGAACAUGAUCUUGUUCACAGUGAGAUACAAAUACACCACCAUACACAUUCUGCAGCAAAUUAGUGGACAAAUCAGAAAGGCUGUCAUGUUAUUAAUGCCUGAGUGACUGCAGCAGAACACACAACUGCAAACACAAUAAGAAAUACUACAUCAUUGUGACACAGUCCAUAAAAAGAAAUUAAGAUUACAGUUAUAUAUUAAGAAUGAAAAAAUUAUAUACAGUAUAAAAGUGUACUGUACAAUGUAAACAAUGGUUUUAAAUCAUAUUGAAAUACUGGUAAUAUGAUGGUUGAUGAUGGUAUGUUAGAGGGGAUAACUGGUGUUGUAGUCACUAAUUAUAAUAGGUAAAUACUCGUCACUUGUGGAGAGAGAGUAUUUGUGGAGGGGGACAUGGGGGGCAGUGCAGUGAGUGUGGGGAUGGUGUUAAGUACCUCCUUCCACCACCCUCUCCAGCCAUACUUGUUUACUUUUGUUUUUUAGUAAGAAAAGGGCAUUAAAUUAAACUGAAAUGAUGUGAUGGUUGAUGAGGAUGUUGUAUGUAUGUGUGUUAGGGGGAUUCAAAGGGAGGGAGUGGUGGUAUCUUGGGAAUGAGUAAUUGGUUAUAUGUACAGUAUUGACAUUACUUGGUGGAGUGUGUUUCAUUCAAUGUAUUUACGUGUGUGUGUGUGUGUGUAGGGCUUGUAUGAGUGUACAGUAUGUGGGGUUGGGAUGGUGUCUUGUGUAGAUAUUUAAUGUAGAAGUCAGUGCCAUAUUAGGGUUUUUAUAAUUUUAUAAUGAAUAUUUCCUCAUAACUGCAGAGCCAAAAAUUCAACCUUAUUUUUGCCAUAUUGUGCAUUGAUCAUUUCAGUGUUGAUGUGGGUACCUGGAAACAUGAAUUUAGACUUCUACUGUAUAACAAAGAAUUCAGACAAAACUUAUAGGUGUGGAUGAAUUGAAAGAGGGAUUUUUUCUCUGAUUUUGUAAUGCCAGUAAUUGAUAGACAGCCUGGCGAUGACAAACAUUAGAUUCAGAAACUUGUACUGUAUCUUAAUUCAGAAUUGGGAAACACAUUUGCUAAAAAUGAGAAUGUUGGAAAUUUUCAUUGUUUUUAUUUUCAAAACCAGUAGUGGUUAGUUGUGUAUUUCUUGGAAUGUCAGGAAAAAUCAGGAGAUAAGCAGGAAGUUGAUAAAGUUUGUUUAAGUUUAUUUUAACUGUUUGUUUUGUACAUUCACCUCUCAGAUGUUUGUUUACCAUUUUCCUUGUCAUAGUUUAACGUACCCACAGUACAGAUUUAUGUAGAUUUCAUUUGGUGUGUGAAAUGAAAAUUUUAUAAAAUUGUGUUGCGAGGAGUAAGGUCUCUUUGAAUACAAUAGCUUGCAAUGUAAACUAAAUAUCCCUGUGGAUUUUUCAUACCCCACUGUGUAACUUUUUUAGUAUUUACAGAAAUGGGGUUUUGGUUUGAUAAAGAGACACAGGUUUAUUAGUACAUUACAGUACAGUGAUAUCUCCAUUAGGCAACACAAUUGGUGCUGAGCACUUCCGGGACCGAGAGAUUUCCGGGUAACGAGACGACUCUCUCAAAGCCAGAAAAAUCCCUCAUCCCCGGAAUUUUCCGGGUAACGGAAAAAUGUUCUCGGAAGUUCCAUAAAUUGUGCAUUACAUCAUCUUUCAAAGCCAGAAAAAUAUCCCCCAUCCCAAAGCCGACAAAAUUUAAAUUCCGGCUAUCGGAGAGUUCCGGUUAAGAGGGAUUCCGGCUAACGGAGGUAUUACUAGUUGUAACACUGAACACUGUUCAGUAAUACAUAAUGUUAAUUAAUGUAUAACAUUUCACUAUAUGUAUGAAAUCAUUAAUACAAUUGAACUCCAGCAAAA